AGCGGAGGCGGCAGUAUCUGGAGCAGUUGGGGUGGGCAGGCCCAGCUGCGAGGCGAGCGGGCGGCUAGGAGGACCGCCGCGAUGCGGGAAUGCAUAUCAAUCCACGUGGGUCAAGCGGGAGUUCAGAUUGGCAAUGCCUGCUGGGAGCUCUUCUGCCUGGAACAUGGCAUCCAAGCUGAUGGCACCUUUGGCGUCCAAGCCAGCAAGGCCAAUGACGAUGACUCCUUCACCACCUUUUUUAGUGAGACUGGCAAUGGGAAGCAUGUGCCCCGGGCUGUCAUGGUAGACCUGGAGCCUACUGUCGUGGACGAGGUUCGGGCAGGAACCUACCGCCAGCUCUUCCAUCCAGAGCAGCUGAUCACAGGAAAGGAAGAUGCAGCUAACAACUAUGCCCGGGGCCACUACACAGUGGGCAAGGAGAGCAUCGACCUGGUGCUAGACCGUAUACGGAAGCUAACAGAUGCCUGCUCUGGCCUGCAGGGCUUCCUGAUCUUCCACAGUUUUGGUGGGGGCACUGGCUCCGGCUUCACUUCUCUGCUGAUGGAACGCCUCUCCCUGGAUUACGGCAAGAAGUCCAAGCUAGAGUUUGCUAUCUACCCGGCCCCACAGGUGUCCACUGCAGUGGUGGAGCCUUACAACUCCAUACUGACCACCCACACCACACUGGAACAUUCAGAUUGUGCUUUCAUGGUGGACAAUGAAGCCAUCUAUGACAUCUGCCGCAGGAACCUAGACAUUGAGCGCCCUACCUAUACCAACCUCAACCGCCUCAUCAGCCAGAUUGUGUCCUCUAUUACUGCCUCUCUCCGCUUUGACGGGGCCCUCAAUGUGGACCUCACCGAGUUCCAGACCAACCUGGUGCCCUACCCCCGCAUCCACUUCCCACUGGUCACCUAUGCACCCAUCAUCUCUGCCGAGAAGGCCUAUCAUGAACAGCUCUCUGUGGCCGAGAUAACCAGCUCCUGCUUUGAGCCUAACAGCCAGAUGGUGAAGUGUGACCCAAGACAUGGCAAGUACAUGGCCUGCUGCAUGCUCUACCGCGGGGACGUGGUACCCAAGGAUGUGAAUGUCGCUAUUGCUGCCAUCAAGACCAAGAGGACCAUUCAGUUUGUAGACUGGUGUCCCACAGGCUUCAAGGUGGGCAUCAACUACCAGCCACCCACAGUGGUGCCAGGAGGGGAUCUGGCCAAAGUCCAGCGGGCUGUCUGCAUGCUAAGCAACACCACGGCGAUUGCAGAGGCCUGGGCCCGUCUGGACCACAAGUUUGACCUCAUGUAUGCCAAGCGGGCCUUUGUGCAUUGGUACGUUGGAGAGGGAAUGGAAGAAGGAGAAUUUUCUGAGGCCAGGGAGGACCUGGCUGCCCUGGAGAAGGAUUAUGAAGAAGUGGGGACUGAUUCAUUUGAAGAAGAAAAUGAAGGGGAGGAAUUUUAAAUAUACAUGUUCCCCUUGGCUGUGUCUCUUUAUUUCUGCUGCUUCUGUCAAAAGUAUAUUCAACUAUUUCAAGAGUAACAGACCAUACUCCCAACCCCAGGUUGACUUCUGUCUUACAUAAGAGAAGGAGUGCCUGGGCCAAAAAUGGAGGCUGAGCUCUGGCAUACCCUUCCUUGGGUAAUAGCAGCUUUGUGCCACCAAAAAAAGAAAAAAAUGAGGGUCACUGUCUCUGGAUUAGAGUGAAGACAAGUUAUACUUGUGAGGAGGCCUAAUCAGGAUUUUUAAUUCCUGCUUCUGCUGGGUCCAACACCAAACACAGCCUGCUGACUGGGGCACGGUAGAACAUUUUGGGAAAGGAAAGAUCUGGGCAUUGGCAAGAUUGUGGGCAGGGAGUUAGCAGAAGUUCACAUUAAUGAAUCUGUAGCAUGGCCCAGGCACCAUCCAGACUUAUCACAUGUUCAUUCAUUCGUUCAUCAAUUAUUUGAAUAUACACUAUGUACUAGGCAGUGUUCUAAGAGCUAGAGACCUGGUGAUAAAUAAGACAAAUUUUCUGCCCUUGUAAAUGCAGUGAAGAAGAUCAUUUCAGAUAGUAAAUGAUAGGAAGGGAAAAACCAAUGAAGAGAGAAAGUAUCUGAGGUGGUCAGGGAAGGCCUCACAGAGACCUGAAAGGCAAGAAAAAGCCAUCAUGUGAAGCUUUGGAGUCAGUGGAUCCUGGGCAAAGUGAAGAGCAAAUGCAAAACCACAGAUGUAGGAACAAGCCUGGAGUGUCUGAAGAACAGAAAGGAGGUCAGUGUGCUAGAUGGUGAGAGACGAAGAGAUGAGACCCAAGAGUUAGGAAGGGGCCAGAGCAUUUCUAGCCUUAUAGACCAUGGUAAGGAGUUUAGACUUUUUUCUAAGUGAACAGGAGCUUCUGGAAGAUUUUAAGUAGGGUACCUACUGUGAGCUAGGUGCUUUAUCUACACUGUGCUAGGUGCUUUAUAUACUUCAUCUUGAAUCUUCCCAACAAUCUCAAAAUGAAUAUUCUGCUCAUUUUAUAGAUGAAGAAACUGAGGCAUAGAGAAUCUAUGUGCUGGAGAUGGUAAGAAGUGGAGCUCAGAUAGCAGGGCCUACCAAUUCUAUUCUCUUGUCUACCCUACACUAUUUUUAUAUCCCUUGGCUUUUGUGCCAGGUCCCAACUGCUGCCUCAUAAAAGGAAGAAUGAGGAGAAGUAAAAGUUUUAUAUCAUUUACAAAGGGGAGGAUGAGCUAGUGCAUCUAUUACCUGAAGUUGGUGGCUUGGUAGGAUUUUAGGAAUAACCAAAAGACUGCUCUUAAACUGCUAGUAGGAUACACAGGGGUGGGCCCCUGGUAGGUCCCUAUGCAUGAAAUACACACCUUUUUAGCUGCUGGCUUUCCUUAAAUGUUUCUAUUCUAUAUUCCUUGGAAGCCCUGAGAAUAAUAGAAUAAAAUGGAAAAUUAGGCAAGAAGUGAUGUCGAGCUCUUCGAGAGUAUUGUUU